AUGCCUCGCACGCUACCAUGGCUCACCGGCACAGGAAGCAGCAAAAGCAGCAAGAACCCCACGCCCAAACGAGUGGUAAAAGACAAAAGCGACAAAAACAAUGACGGCAAUGCGACUCCCAGAGCGAGCGCGCCCGAUUCUAGUCCAAAGAAACGAGACUUCUUCAGAUCAUCCCCGACUCCGCCAUCAUCUCCCAUUCACCGCCGUCCAUCUGAAGAGUUUUUAAUCGAGGGUUUGUCGAACGAUGACAUUUACAUCAUGGUCGAAGACGAAUUCUACGCCGUGGCCCAAUCUUUUACGCAGCAUCUUCACUAUGCGGAAUACGCGAAGCGAAAGAAGGAGGUCAAAUUACAAAAUGCUGCGGCGAUCCAGAACCUGGCCCGGCCGACCGAUGGAGUAACGCCUGUUAGCGACGUUACCAGACGGAGAGAUGCUGCUGAUGCACUUUCUGCACGCCAGAAGGCUGGGCUGGAGCGGAUACAGAGUAAGCGGCCGCGGGUGGAUUCCGAAGAAGAGAAUGAAGAGGUUGAGGAUGAAAUGUGGGCGGGGACAUCGCUGCAUGGUCUCAUGAUGAGUCCUAGGAAGACAAGGUCAUUGGUAGGUAUGCAGGGGAUCAAGUCAUCGACCAGGGCGGCUGCGGGAUUUUCACAAUCAUCUAGCACGGGGAGGGAUUCAGGAGCAAUUAAUAGUUCGCCACCAAGGAUAUAUGAAGCAGCCAUAAGUAUUGAUGUUGACGAAACAGCUUCGGAAGACGAUGACUUAGAUCUACAACACGAAACACCGAGGCCUACUCAGAAAGCACGUCUCAUUAGUUCUGAUUCGAUGUCGUCGAAAUCUCAACAUAGCCCUUUGACCCCUGCAAAGGACCGGGGGAGAGAAGUGCAGUCUAUCAAUGCUAGAUACAAGACACCAACCGCUACCCAACCCAGGAGGAGAUUGCUUUUUGAUGAUGAUUUUGAUGAGCUGCCAGAGCUACAACAUUCAGACGUACAAGUACACGGUCGAGGUUCUUCACCGUCUAUCAGGAAAGCCCGACAGGAGAACCCACCCCGUGGGAACAAUCCACAGUCGAAGAAAUCGCGUCUCAACGAAGUUCCAACUUUCCUGCUUUGA